AAUCAUGCUCGAGGUCUCGGCGACAUCCUCGGCUCGGCAGGGUAUCCUGCGUGAGCGUGCGGGCGAAAUGCUGACCGCCUGCUUGUUUCGGAGGAGGGGACCUCAGCAUCGGUGAAAGCCGGAGGAGUGGAGGGCGGUGGUGACAGUGCCUGGAGGCUGCAAAGAAUCAUUUAUUGUACAUUGAAAAGAAAACACAAUAGGGAAAGAAGAAUAGAAUGGAAAUGGAAGGGUUCCCUCCACCACCACCUCCUGAAGUUUUAGGAAAUGACGUAUCAAUCACUGCUGCUAAUGAAGAAGAGGAUGAAGAAGGAGAACAGUUUGACUUUGAUAGUGGAGAUGAGAUUCCAGAAGCAGACAGACAAACUAUUUUGCCAAUUCAAGAAGAGGCAAAUUGUAUAGGGAAUGAAAAUCUAGAAAACCUAGAGGAAGCUGAGAAAAUGCAAAACUCCAAAGCCAAUGCAGAGGGCAUCCUACCACGGGUAAACCCAUACUCUGUCAUAACCAUUUCACCAAUGCAGGAAAAGGAGCUGUUGCUGUCACCAGAGCCAAGCACACAAGAUGGCACUAUAAGUCCCACCCUCUCAAGUGGCUAUUCGGUUCCGGUGCCUUGUGGCUAUGCCGUGCCAUCCAAUUUGCCAUUGAUAUUGCCGGCGUAUUCCAGUCCUGUUAUAAUCCGUAACCCUUCUGUGGAUGAAGAAGCAAAUAUUCAUAUAGUAGCUGAGGAUGGUCAUUCUCAGAGUUCAGAAGAGCCUCCAAAUAGUGAAGACAAUCAGGGGAGCACAGAUGAGAAUGCCUUGGCCAAAUGGGUGGCUGACCCUGCAAAUACAGAGUGGAUGGAGAAUCCUGAUGAAGUAAUAUACGAUGAUGUACCAAGAGAAAAUUCAGACUCUGAACCAGGGGAGAUGAUUUAUGAUGAUGUUGAGAAUGGAGAUGAAGGUGGAAAUAGCUCCCUAGAAUAUGGAUGGAGUUCCAGUGAGUUUGAAAGCUAUGAAGAACAGAGCGACUCAGAGAGUAAAAAUGGAAUACCCAGUUCUUUUCUGCGUGGCAACCACAGAAGACAAUUCUCUCAUGACCUAACCCGUUUUAAAGAGCACUAUGAGAAAAAGAUGAAAGAUUUGAUGACCAACACAGUGGGAGGAGUAGAGAUUCAGCAACUAAAGCAAAAACAUGAGCUGAAGAUGCAGAAGCUCAUGAAAGCAGCAAGGGAGGGCACCAAAGACGGGCUUGAAAAAACUAAAGCGGCUGUGAAGAAAGGUCGGUCAUUCAUCAGAACCAAGUCCUUUAUUAGCCAAGAACACAGAGCUACCUGUCUAGAGGAAGAGGAGCUAUUUAUUGAUGUAGAUUGCAUGCACACAGAAGCAAUCAUGACUCCGAUGCCAGAUGGAUUAUCCCAACAACAGGUUGUGCGAAGGUACAUUUUAGGCGCUGUGGUUGACAGUGAGAAAAACUAUGUAGAUGCCCUGAAAAGAAUAUUAGAGCAAUAUGAAAAACCUCUUUCAGAGAUGGAGCCCAAAUUACUGAGUGAGAGGAAACUGAAGAUGGUCUUCUAUCGAAUUAAAGAAAUUCUUCAGUGCCAUUCAAUGUUUCAGAUGGCCCUGGCAAGCCGUGUCUCGGAGUGGGAUUCUGUCGAAAUGAUAGGGGAUGUCUUUGUUGCUUCAUUCUCUAAAUCCAUGGUACUAGAUGCCUACAGUGAGUAUGUAAUCAAUUUUAGCACAGCUGUGGGGAUUCUCAAAAAAACAUGUGCUACAAAACCUGCCUUCCUUGAGUUUUUAAAGCAAUGUCAAGAAUCUGGUCCUGAUAGAAUCACUCUUUAUGGCUUAAUGAUGAAGCCCAUACAACGUUUUCCUCAAUUCAUCCUUCUGUUACAGGAUAUGUUGAAGAACACGACUAAAGGCCACCCAGACAGACUGCCUCUGCAGAUGGCUCUCACAGAACUUGAAACACUGGCAGAGAAAUUAAAUGAAAGGAAAAGGGAUGCAGAUCAGCGCUGUGAAAUAAAACAAAUAGCCAAAGCCAUGAAUGAGCGUUACCUGAACAAGUUACUUAGCAGUAGCAACCGGUACCUGAUCCGAAGUGAUGAUAUGCUAGAAACUGUUUAUACAGACAAAGGAGAGAUCAUGAAAACCAAAGAACGGCGUCUGUUUAUGUUAAAUGAUGUUCUCAUGUGUGCUACUGUGCAUAUUCGCUCUUCCCAUGAAAGUAGUGGUGUCGUGAGUGGCCAAAGGUACUUAUUAAAAUGGAGCGUGCCACUUGGGCAUGUCGACGUCAUAGAGUAUGGCAGUAAUGAUGGCCAAGGUGAGAACUGCAGAUUCCCUUUGCAGCCAACUUCUGAGAUGAUGGUUACCAACGCCAAGCCAAAUAAGCUUUAUAUGGGACCAGGGCAACUGUACAAUGAUUUGCAGAAUCUCUUACAUGACUUGAAUGUAGUUGGCCAAAUCAGUCAACUAAUAAGCAGCCUGAAGGGAAACUACCAGAAUUUAAAUCAGUCAGUGGCUCAUGAUUGGACUUCAGGUUUACAAAAACUCAUUUUGAAAAAAGAAGAUGAAAUUAGAGCCGCAGACCGCUGUCGAAUUCAACUUCAGCUUCCAGGAAAACAGGACAAAUCAGGACGGCCUACUUUUUUUACGGCUGUGUUCAAUACAUUUACACCUGCCAUCAAACAGUCAUGGAUCAGAAGUUUGCAAAUGGCUAAGCUUGCUUUAGCUGAUGAAAAUCUUCUGGGUUGGUUCUGUAUAGAUGAUGACGGAAAUCAGAUUAAAAAAGAGAAACACCCACUCCUUAUGAAACACAUGCCUGUUAUGAUGGCCAAACAACAGGAAUUUAAGGUUGAAUGUGCUGCUUAUAAUCCUGAACCUUGUUCAUGUGAAGAAAGUGAUCCCGAUUCUCUUUCUACGGAAUAUGGUUUUCUAUGGAUUGGCAGUUGUACUAAUCAAAUGGGCCAAAUCGCCAUUGUAUCAUUUCAAAACUCCAGUCCAAAGCUUAUUGAAUGCUUCAAUGUGGAGUCAAGAAUUCUCUGUAUGGUCUACAUUCCAGAAGAUGAGAAAUCCAAAGAAUCAGAUAAUAUGUUUCCUGAAUCUGGAGACGUGGCUACAAAACCCCUUAGUGUGCCUACUAUUUGUCUAGGCAUGGAAGAAGGAAGCAUCUCUGUUUACAAAAGUAGUCAAGGGUCCAAGAAAAUCCGUCUUCAACACUUCUUUGCUCCUGAGAAGUCUACUGUGAUGAGCUUAGCAUACAAGACUCAUCAUUUAUUUGCUGGCCUAGUCAAUGGAAACAUUGCAAUCUACACCAAAUUGGAAGAUGGGACAUGGAACUCAGAACCUCAGAAAAUAGUGAAAUUGGGAGUUCUUCCUGUCAGAGGUCUUCUUGUGAUGGAAGAAACCAUCUGGGCUGCUUCUGGUGGACAAAUAUUUAUAAUUAAUACGGAAAGUCAUGCUGUAGAGUGCCAUUUUGAAGCUCAUCAAGAGGAAGGGAUGGUGAUCUCUCACAUGGCUGUUGCAGGAGUGGGGAUCUGGAUUGCCUUCACAUCGGGAUCUACUCUCCGUCUUUUCCACACUGAAACCCUUAAACACCUCCAGGAUGUUAAUGUGGCCACUCUUGCUCACAAUAUGUUAUCAGGUCUGACAGUGUGCUUUUUUCUUUUGACUGCAGGAAGAGGCAUGGUAUCUUAUCAUGCCCAUAAUGGCCCUAUCAAGUUCCUGGUAACGGCUUCUGUGACAAGCAAGCAGAACAAAAGCAAGUCAAAAUCCAGGCUGAAUUGUCCUCAUUUAGGCCUGAAAGAGGAUGACCAAAAGGGUGUAGGACCUGAGAGGCCCAAUUCUUCUCUGAACAACCCCAGUGACAGUGCCAUUUGGUUGGGGGGCUCAGUUGGAUCCAUUGCUCAGAAAAGUGACUUAUCUUCAUCAUCUGGGUCACUGACAUUGUCUCACGGAUCCAACACAACCGAACCUCGGCCAGAAGAGAGUGCUGUCUAUGAGCUUUUGAAAGAAGUCUCCCCUGACCAAAGUAAAAGACAUAGAUCCAGAGAGGGGAAAGCAAUAUCCGUCUUAGUCAUCUCUGGAGGACAAGGACACAGAAGGGUGAAUAAGAAAUGCAAGCAGCAGCGGCCAGACGAACUGGUGUCUUCAAUAAUGGUUUGGCAGAUUCCACUGUUAAAGAUCUGACAACAGGAUACAAUGCGAUUUGUUCAAUGGCAAAGUUUGCAUUGGUGUUAACACCAUCAUGAUGAAUUUACGGUUUUUUAUCUCAAAGCAAAUUAAAUAUCAAUGUUUGCAAAGGCCUCUUUAUAAGGUUUCUUUGUCCUGAAUCUAUGUGAAUUACCUUGUUAAAACAAGUGUCUUAGAUCUAGUCUAAGAAGCCCAUUUCAGAGCUACAUCUAAACAUAUAUUUCAGUCUUCAAAAGUUCUUUAGUUGAAAAAAAAGUAUGAUUCAUUUCAAGCUAUUUUUCCUCAUUUUGCUAUUAUUUAUAUUCAAAUAUUGUGGCCAAAAAUAUUGAGUGAAGGGAAAGGAUCAAAUAGUAUUUCUCUGAUCAGCCUUGCUUAAAUAAUUAUUUCUUGCAAGGCAAUAUCAUGUACAUUUUAUUUCCACAAACAUUUUUAAAGUAAUCAUUAUUCCAAGAUAGUCUACUAGCUUAAUUCCAGAGACUAUAAAUAAACCUGUAAUAUACUUUCUCAAGUGUCAGACACAAUAAACGUUUUUUUUUUUUGGUUACAUACUACAGAUUUAUACUUGGGAGGAAAAGAGGUAGGGCUAACUUUUAAUUAUUAAUACUUAAAAAUGAAUAUUAUAAAAAGAAAUGUUAAACAUUCAGAAUGAAAUAUGUUUGACUUACUAAGUGAUGUAUUUUUUUUUUAAUCUUUUGGUUACUCUCAGUAAGUAGAAGGGAAAAUGAAACCACUGUGAAAUUUAGUAGAUUCAGGCAGUUGCUUGUGUUUUGGUGCUCCAUUUAAUUAUAGUACAUUCUGUUGCUGGCGGUGGAAUGUGCCCCAUUUAUAUGGCUGCUGAUAUAUUUCGAUUAUCAUUAGAUAAUAGUGAGGAAAUGAAAUAUAAACAUAAAAUAAAGAGAGCCUAACAUUAAAGUAUAUUGUUUUCAUAAGAUGAUUAUAGUUGGUCAGACAGUCAGCCAGGUGGAUAGUCUGGGUUUGGCAUUCUGAUCCACUUAUUGAGUCCUUCCCAAGGACCCAGGAUAGGCUGGUGGGGUUGCUUGAUAGUGUUAACAGUAUCUGUUCCAAGUAAGGUUGCCUUUUGUAAUAAUUGAUGGUAGUAAUUUUGUCAAUGCCAGUGGUGGUCAAGUGGUGCUACAGAUGUUUUAGGAUUGCACCCAGGACACUUAUUACUGUUAGUUUUAUCUUUGCUUUCUUUUGCUGUUGUUGUUCUAUUUCUAUUUGCAGAUCUUUAUAUGUUGUGGUUUUCUCCAGUUCUUCUUCUGUUCUGCUGUUUCCAGUACUGCAAUGUCCGUUAUCCAGACUUUUUUGUUUUUCUUAUCAACAUUUGAUACGUCUGGGGUAUUGUGUAUCAGGUGUCUAUCUAUUUUAAUUCUAAAGUCCGUAACACUUUAGCUUCUUCAUUUUUCUAUUAUCUUGUCUAUGUUGUGGUCCCAUUAGUAUUUCCUUGCAAAUGGCAUUUUUUUGCAGAUCUUCCUAUACACGACUGGAACACCUGUUUUGUUAUCAGUCUGUGCAAUCAGCUAACUAGGUGGUCCACUGUUUAUUCAGUUCCUUUGCUGGGACCACUGUCUGUUGCUGUCUUCUCAGUUCUGGCUUUAUAUGCAUUUGUUCUUCAGUCUUGGCCUUGUGCAGGCAGAAUUAGCUCCCCAGUCUCUUUCUUCAAUUUUCCUGCUCUUAGCCAUUGACAGGUCUUGUUAUUAUCUGCUUGACCUGCUAUAUUUUUAAAUGUUCUGGCUGUGUAAUACUUUGCCUUGCCGUAUCUCAAUUCUAUGUUUCUUUUGAUUUUUCUUGUAGGCCAGUUGGCUCUUUGGAAUAUUCAAUAAGCCUUUAUGGUGUACUAGCUUCAUUGCAUCUUCUUUAUUGUUCUUCAGAUAUUCUUCCAGUACCAUUUUUUUAUCAACUGUCUGGUGUACUUGCAACAUUCCACAUUCACCUGUUUUCCUUGGUAAAUAACGUCUGUCGCUUCCUGAAUGGAGUAAAUUAUUAUUAUUUUUCUGAUAAUCCUAUCCAGGGCUUUUAGUUCUGCUUGAAUCUAGUCCAACUGUUGCAGCUCUGUAUCUAAUAAUUUGUGCAAUUGUUAAUUGCCUUGUUGGUAUUUCCAUUACUGGGUCUGGACUUUAAGAUCUUUUUUACUGCCAUGAUAAAUCCACUUCUAACUUUCUUCUUUACUGUUCUUGAUGUCAGCUUGAAGGAUGCCAGGAAUUUGUAAUGAACUUAUUCAUCUAGACUCUUGAUAGUAUUUCCAUUCAUAUUUCACUAUUUUUGCCUUGUUGAUGGUAAAGAUGGCACAUUUGUCUAGCCCAAACUCCACAGUAACAUCUUGGGACAGAGUUGAACAGCAAUUCUAUUUCAGAUGGUGCUUUUCCUGUUGCCCAUGCAAAAGAGAUGGAAUAGCUUGGCAGAUUUCUUUGAAGUUUGGUAACCAUCGCCUGACUUAUUCAGUAUUGUUGACAGAGGAGUCAGUGUAACAACAAACUGAAGUGGUAAUAAUAUCCUUGAAAAUUCCUCUCUUGAUAUUAAUCUCUUCUUCUAUUUCACCAUUGACCAGCAACUGUGUCUUCUAUUGUGCCAUGAUCUUUGCUCAAAGCUUCUGAUUUUCUAGUGAUUCCUGUUAUGUUUAGACAUUUAAUUAUUCAGUAAUGUAACAGAGUCAAUUGCCUUAUUGUAAUAAAUCCAACCUAUGUUCAGCUUGGUCUUCCUUCUUGUAGUUUUCCGGAAUCAUCUUAUCAGUUAGGAGUUAAUCGUUGUUCCUUUUCUGAUGGGCGGUUUUCUUUCUGCUCAGGUAGAAGGAGCUUGUUUUCAAUCAGAUGCUAUCGAACUAUAUCAGCUACUAUACCAGUUAGCAAGUUGUUGAUAAGAAGGUAAUUGGCUUGUAGCUGCCUGGUACUGUUCCUUUUUCAUGAACUUUCAUUGUCAGGUAAGUUUUACUAAAUGUUAGCCACUCUUCAAUUUUACCUCCUUGCGGUAUAUUGUUAAACUGCUUGGCAAUGAUUGGGUGUAAACCAGUCAAAUGUUUUGACCAAAAACCAUGCAGUUCAUCUUCACUUGGUGCUGACCAAUUCUUGAUCUUCCUUGCCCUUUUCUUCACUAUUUCUGCUGUUAUUGCAAGUUCUGUUUGUUCUUAUCCACCUCUUUUAGCCAAGAUGCAUUCUUGUAUUUUUUUAGGUUGUCCCAUGACCUUGCCCAGAACUGCAUUGUUUCUUCUUUGCCAGAUAUGGCUGGUUCACUGCAGUCUCUCCACUGAUGGAUUGGUGGAAACAUUUCUGAUGUACUGAAAUUGAAGAUUCUGCCUGUAGUGUGAAAUUUGAGCUUCGUAUCUGCUGAUUUUCUUAGCUGUAAUUGUUGUUUGCUGAUAUUUCUUGAUCAGGUGUUCUUUGGUCUUGUCUUUCAUCUGUUCCAGCUUGUUUGCAUCUGAUCUUAAUAUGCUGUUCUUAUUUUCCAACCCGAUCUUCCAUUUUGGUGGUGUGCUGUUUGGCUUUUUUUUUCUUUUUGUUGAUUUUGCCUCCCAACAUUUUCAGUUAUAUCUGCACCCAUGCUGUAAAUUAAUUGGUUUGUUUGACAAAAGUGGUUGAACCUCUGGCAUAGCUCUCAUCCUCCUCAGAGCAUGCAACACCCACAGCCCUGCAAGAUAGUGACUCAUUAUGACUUCAUUGCUCUCCAGAUACAUCACUGACUGUUACCAAUGCAUAUUAUUAACACUGAUUUUGGUCUGAAGUCGAUAAAUGUACAUUUGUCAUAUGAAUACUGGCCAAAAAGA